UGUCUCUACCCAGGUGUUGCCAUGGUGAUGGCGGUGGAGGACAGUACGGUUCAGGUGGUAGUGCGAGUACGACCCCCCACACCACGGGAGUUGGAGAGUCAACGGCGUCCUGUGGUUCAGGUGGUGGAUGAGCAAGUGCUGGUGUUUGACCCUGAGGAACCUGAUGGGGGGUUCCCUGGCCUGAAAUGGGGCAGCACCCAUGAUGGUUCCAAGAAGAAAGGCAAAGACCUGAAGUUUGUCUUUGACCGGGUCUUUGGUGAGGCGGCCACCCAACAGGAUGUGUUCCAGUACACCACCCACAGCAUCCUAGACGGCUUCCUCCAGGGCUACAACUGCUCAGUGUUCGCCUAUGGAGCCACGGGGGCUGGGAAGACACACACCAUGCUGGGCAGGGAGGGGGACCCUGGCAUCAUGUACCUGACCACCAUGGAGCUGUACAGGCGUCUUGAGGCCCUCCAGGAGGAGAAGCAGUUCGAGGUGCUCAUCAACUACCAGGAGGUGUACAAUGAGCAGAUCCACGACCUCCUGGAGCCCAAAGGGCCUCUUGCCAUCCGUGAGGACCCCGACAAGGGGGUGGUGGUACAAGGCCUUUCCUUCCACCAGCCAACCUCAGCUGAGCAGCUGCUGGAGAUGCUCACCAGGGGGAACCGUAACCGCACGCAGCACCCCACUGAUGCCAACGCGACUUCCUCCCGCUCCCAUGCCAUCUUCCAGAUCUUCGUGAAGCAGCAGGACCGGGUUCCAGGACUGACCCAGGCCUUUCAGGUGGCCAAGAUGAGCCUGAUUGACCUGGCCGGCUCGGAGCGGGCGUCCAGCACCCAUGCAAAGGGGGAGCGGCUGCGGGAAGGCGCCAACAUCAACCGCUCUCUGCUGGCUCUCAUCAAUGUCCUUAAUGCCCUGGCCGAUGCAAAGGGCCGCAAGUCUCACGUGCCUUACCGGGACAGCAAGCUGACCCGCCUGCUCAAGGACUCCAUUGGGGGCAACUGCCGCACAGUGAUGAUCGCUGCCGUCAGCCCCUCCAGCCUGGCCUACGAAGACACUUACAACACCCUCAAGUAUGCUGACCGGGCCAAGGAGAUCAAACUCACGCUGAAGAGCAAUGUGGUCAGCCUGGACUGUCACAUCAGCCAGUACGCCACCAUCUGCCAACAGCUGCAGGCUGAGGUGGCCACCCUGAGGGAGAAGCUCCAGGCAUAUGAGGCAGGAGCCCGGGCCCCACAACAGGAGCUCCCACGAUCCCCCAGAUUGGCCCUGCCACAAUCACACCAGCCCUGCACCCCAGAGCUCCACCCAGGAUCUGGAGUCCUUCAGGAGGAGAGCUUGGAAACAGUGUCUCAGGUAGAGAGGGCUGGGGAAGGGAAGUCCCCAGACCAGGAGCAGCCCCCAGCGGACAAGGGUGAAGGUCUAACCGAGGAGGUUCCAAUCCCGAUGCCAGAGCAGAGCCUCAGAAACCCGUUUCCAGGGUCCCAUGGCCCACAUCUACAGCCCGAGCCUGUCAUGUGCAGGGACGAUUCUAAGCAGCUGGCCCUGAAGGUGCUGUGCCUGGCCCAGCGGCAGUUUUCCCUGCUCCAAGCAGCCAACCUCCUGACCCCGGACAUGAUUGCAGAGUUUGAGACCCUGCAGCAGCUGGUGCAAGAGGAAAAAACUGAGUCCGGGGCAGAGGCUGCCAGGACUCCUGGCCUGGGCAGGGAGGCACCUCUGGCCCAGAAGCUGUGUUCAGAGUCAAGUGAGUCUGCCCCUCAUCCUCCUUCUCUGUGCCCAGAGUCUCUAGGAUACUCCGGCCCUGUGACCCGAACCAUGGCAAAGCAAUUAAGUGGCCUCAUGCCCAUGCUGGGGAUCCCACCUGGGCCUGACUGCACCCCAGCCCAGGCAUCUCAGCGGCCCCCGAGGAAGAAGAAGAGGAGGAGACUGAGCCCCUCAGAGCCAGACAGCCCCCCAGCCCUGAAGCUGCGGACCAAGCGCCAGCGCCAGUCCUUCCUGCCCUGCCUGGGGAGGGGCUCACUGCCUGAGGCCCAGCCUGCAUUCAGGCCCUGCACCCCCAAGGGGGGAAGGACCUCCUCUCCCUGCCAUUCCCCUCGCUUCUGCCCAGCCACAGUCAUCAAAAGCCGGGUGCCCCUAGGCCCUUCUGCCCUGCAGAACUGCUCCACCCCUCUGGCCCUGCCUGCUCGGGACCUCAACGCCACCUUUGAUCUCUCUGAGGAGCCCCCCUCCAAGCUCAGUUUCCCUGAAUGCCUUGGCUGGGAGAAUGUCCCCCAGGACCUGAACAGGCUGGAGCAGCCCUUCAUCCCUAGUGGACCUGUGUUCCUGUUCAACACAAAGGGCCCCAAGCCAACUUCUUUCCUCCCUGGGACCUCAGCCUGCAAGAAGAGGCGUGUUGGGAGCUCCUCAGUCUCCCGCUCCCUGGGAGUGACCCGGGGCCACAGCCGCAUUGCCCGCCUCCCUAGCAGCACCUUGAAGAGGCCAGCUGGGCCCUUUGCAAUCCCAGAGCGCCCCUCGAGUCCCCACUGUCCUGGUGAUCAGAGGGGCCAGAAGGAACUAGUGGGGGCUGGGGGAGCCUUGUCAGCUGGGAGCUGCAUCACCAAGGUGUCCUGA